AUGUCUGGCUUUACGGCCUUGAAUGUUGAGCCCGAAGAUAACUUUGAGGAGGAAGUUGACGACACCAAAGAAAUCCAACUCGAAGAGGCUUUUAAGUUAUAUCAGAAUGCACUCAAGCUGCACUCACAGGGUCCUAUCUCAUUUCAGGAGGCCACGGAUGCCUACAAAGAGCUGCUGCAAUCUGAAGUCUUCAGAUAUCCAGAAGUUCUAUCUGACUUCGCACAUGAUGAGCUUGAUGAAGACAUAGCCAGCGCUGCCAUUCAUCCAGACGCUGGGCCGAUUGCCUUGCUUCCAAGCAGCGCUGCCGAAUCCUCAGCCAGCUCCAUUCCCCAACUCAUUUAUCUCGCUUUCAAGAACAGAGGACAAUUUAUCCUCGAUGUCGCCCGACAUCAAGUUUCAGACAAACAGAGUUCUCGAGUAGAAUUAUGUCGGUCUUACGCCAAGGCCUGUGCUGAUAGCAUUGCCGAUUUUGCCAAAGCCUUGGAGAGAGAUGAUACCGAUCUCGACCUGUGGAAAAAGUCUGCCCGCGUCGCUGAUAUCUUAUUGUCGACGCAAAGAAUCGCUCGAUUCUGCUUGGAGAGUGUCCUGGCCGGCGAUGAUGACGACACACAACAAGCAAUUGAUCUAUCGGGACUCGACGAAGCGUUUGCGGCAGGGGAGCUGGAAGAGGUCGUGGAUUUGUUGAACGAUGACCUCAGUCGUCUUCAAAGACCCGCCAUUCGACCCAAAAAUCACCUGCUCAUUCUUUUGCGAAAAACAAAUGACCCUUAUCCAUAUCUUCCUAAGCGCCCCAAACAGCUCGAGUAUGUCGACGACCGCUAUCGGCCUCUGAGCGUUGGCUUCGGUCAAAUCCGACUAAAACCAGCGAUGGCCACUCUUACCUCUCUGGGUCAAGUCAUCCAUCAAACAGUCCGAGCAGUUCAUGACGGCGAUGUUUCUUUCAACGCCGCGACCAAUGUCCAGGUCGAGUUACCCGAGGGUGUGUCCGUCCAACAAGAUCAGACGAUGUCGGGCUAUGAAGACACCAUCGCGUCUAAUGAUCAACCGAGUCCCAUGCUGACUCUCUCUGAAGAGCCCACGAUGAACCCAGUCGCUGAGAAUGGAAUUCACGAGAGUCCUUUGGGUGAGAAUGAUGCCCGACCUGAGCAGAGCAUACAUGUGCUGGAGAACGGGGGCGAGAACACAGAUGCGACCAUCGACAUUGUACGGCAUCAAACUUCUGCUUCAGGAGAGGUUCAAAACGCCACGCCCGUAGCGAUUCAUGAUGAGCCUCUGCCAAGAAAACGGUCAACGACAGCAGCCGGAAAUGAGGAACCUGAAGGGAGAACCAAGAGCAAGCGUCUCCGAGCGAGAGAGUCUCUGGCAGAUCUGGCCGCGCAGGAAGACGAAGCUGCACAUGAUGAUCCCCAGUAUUUUCUUGAUCAGCUUGCAUUAUUUGAGCAGACUGAUCAAGCUAUGUUCGACGUGGUCAACUCAAUGCUUGCAAAACUGGAUCUCCAAUUUUAUCACUCCACAGAUGAAGCAAAUAGAGCUUUCUGGCAGAGCACUGCCAGUGGGACACUCGACCUGUCUGUUACUGGUGCCUCGCGAAAGGAUCUGAUACUCCUCGCAGAUCUCAGAAUCGCGUUACUGAACUGGACUGAUGACAAAGGACACGCAACUCUUUCCGGCCAUGGCCACCAAGACAUUGCCGAAAAGUCGACUGGGAUGUCCCUCUACCUUCAACAUUCAAAACCAAGCUUGGCAAAAGGUACGUCUCCAGCGACAGAUGGAUCGAGCUCAUGCUUUAUCUCGCUCGCAAGCCUUAUCAACGCUGAACCAACAAACAUAUAUGAUGCUGUAUUCUGCUGGCUCUCAUCCCUUUUGGUCAGUCCUCACGAUCAACCGACCACGUCGCUAUAUAUGCAUCAACCGUGGUCAAAUGAGUUGAGGGGUACACUAGACAACGUCCUUUUCAUUGCACACCCACAAAUCUAUGAAACACUUCGCCAGCGCUAUACUACGUUCAAGCAUUCUGUACAGAAGACCGAUGGACACAUUAUUCCCGACGUAGAGGCACUAUUUGAGUUCACUCAAGCUUGGUUUGAGUUGCAUCUCGAUCAAUAUUCUACCAUCACAGGUCCAGAUCAGGACGUGUUGGAGAGUGUCCGAUCAUCCAGCCAAUAUCGACUACUCCAGUCUGCGGGCUUAGCAAACGACAUGAUGAGUCUCUAUCGUGACCACUCCAAUAAGCUUGAGCUGGAUGACCCUUUGAUUGUCCGAUUCAUCUGGGCCUCAGCAAUCUGCGCAACGUUGAGUGAGGAUGUGGACAAAGCACAUGUUCUCUUGUGUCUACAAGACCUUAAAGCGCUACUACAGCGGUCCAAGCUGGAGGAGAUACACCUUCCCAAUAGCUCCGCCAUGCCGAUCAUAUCAACAUCAGCCAUCGAACAGGAGGUAUCACGGUUGGAUACUUUGGAUUUCUUCACAAGUGUCUUUGACACUGAUAACAGCAAUCCUGUUGUCGUGAUUGAAAAACUUGAGCCAAUCCUAGAGCCAGAGUCUCUUCUUGAAACUAAUGAGUUACUGACCCCUGUUGAGGGUCAGAGUCAUUCCCAAGCUGGGAAGUUGAUUCAUUUUUUGGAAUCCGGCGAACCCUCACUGAAGCUAUUUCUCUGGCGACGACUUCAGAAUGCCUAUACGGCUAUCUCGUACACGCCUAAGGUGGUUUCAUGUCUGCUACGGAGCAUCGAAACAGGUGUCCACGAGCUGUUCACUUCAAGACACCUUGAAGCAGAGUCCACAAGUCGCCAAAUAUCCAUGCUGAAAUGGCUGCGCGACAUUGAUGAAAUGAUGAUCAAACUAUUGUCUAAAGUCCAGGGUGAUAGUGCUGCCUGGGAGUGUGUCGAUGAGCAUCAUUUGCAUUCCUCACUGCAAGUCAUCAUAUCGCUUACAAGACUUCUCCAAGGCUUUGUCAUUUAUGAGGAUUCAAUCCGGGUCGGCCAAACUGCACCACCCCAGCUGAAGGGAGCCGCCUCUACCAAGAUUUUCGACAAAAGCAAAGAUCGCCUUAGAGAGAUGUUAGUGCGAACAUACAUAUUGCAAUAUCUGUUAUUGAAAGAGGCUACCAUACAGCACCCGUCGGCAUUUGAGCGUGCUGCGGACGACCUGGCUGAGUAUUUGAGCACUGUGCACAACGGCAUAGGCAUCCGACAUUACUGCAAAUAUGCGAACAAGGCAUUUGUGAAACUCGUGAAAACCGAGUUGUGCGCGCUCAAUACCCAGCAAGAUUACACUGUCGACAUGACUCAGGUAUUCUAUGAUCUGUACCAGCUUCGUUUCGCCAACGGCGUUGGGGAUGCCAACCAUGGCUGUCCAACCGAGAAUCUGGAUCGGAAAACUGCCUGGUCAUUGGUCCCCACUAUCAUGAGUUACGCAUCCAAGUACAGUGUCAAGGAUCUUGCGAAAGGAGAACUGAGAAUCGCGAUUGAUAAAAUUCAAAGUGCUUUGGGAGUCGUGAAAAGUCCUCCACCAUUGCUGUACAACAAGAAGGUUAUAUCCAAUUAUCUCAAGUCCCCUAUCAGAUCAGAUGACCUCUAUCGGUGUAUCCGGGGCAUAGGCGACCUCUCAACUCGCUUGACAGAGGGUGAUACCGAAGUUGCUGCUCGGCAUGGAUGGUAUUUCUUGCUAGGACACAUGAGCCUUGCAAAGUAUAAAUCGGUGAAGAGGGUUACACCCACUCCUACCGACGAUCUAGAUACUGCCGCCACCCUAUUUCGACAAGACCUCGAUCAUGACAUCAAUAAGUGGGAAACAUGGUAUCGCUUGGCACAAGUAUACGAAGCCAAGAUUGAGGACGACUUGAUUUGGAACUCCACGAAGUUAAACGAUGCACGUGGUGACAUAGCGUUGUUGGAACGCCAGGCUAUUCACAGUUUCAUGAUGGCCACAACCAUAGCCAUGCGGCUUGACAGUACGGCAGCAGCAACAGCUCAGAUGAUCGAAGAUAUGCUUGCAGAGUUCGCAACCCGCUUGUACGCCUCGUCUCGGCCGCCCUUGAACAUGGAGGCGUUUAAAACAGACAAGAAUAUGCGUCACAUGAGUAGCAAUAUCGAUUCUACCAUGUCGAAACAAGCCUUCCACCCCCCACUUGGAACUUAUGCUUUGUGGAAGUUCGCAGCAUACCUCUUGAGUUGUAAAUUCAGUGACAAGCCCAAGCAUUGGACAGCACACUACACUCGAAGUAAGUGCCUGUGGAAGAUGUACACCAGCAAAGAGAACCAUACCCGCCGUCGUCCGGUAACUCCCGAAGAUGUCUUGGAUGCGAUUGUCGAAGCUAUCGAAGCAUUGCCGAAGAAAGAAAAAUCAAACGAACCCAUCCUAGAACCUCAUUUCAAACUCGUGUCCAUCAUUCACAAGCUUGUUACUAAGUACAGAAUGCCCUAUGCACAAGGUCAAGAGUACAUGCAUGCUACACGUUACUCUCACGGUAUUCAUCUUGCUGAUGAUGAGGAGGAGGGCGACGAAUGGCAAGAGUACAUGCUAGCUCUCCUGGAAAAGCUCAGCCACGCCGACAAAUCCAAUUGGCAUCAUCGAAUUAUUGACCGUGCAGCUCAUGUGGUCUAUGAUGUAGCACGUGAUACUUCUGGAGCACUUGCUGCCAAACACCACUUCACUCAACAGAUUUUCACCAAAACAAUGACCAUACAAGUAUGGAAGCCUGAACAUGAACGACCUGGGAGACACUAUGUCUAUACUGGUCGCUACGUGGCAUUUUUUGUACACAUCUUGGAGCAGUUGAACGAUCGGACAAAUCUUGAUCAACUGGUUCGUCGGAUUCGUCGAAAGACUACUGAUUUUCUGGAUCAUACAAGAGUCUGGGAGGAUGUGGCCACGGCCUACGUGAGACUCUUACGACGACAUGGGCAAAUUCCGGAUGGGCGUGAAAGAGCGCUCUUCGAUGGCAUGAAUCAUGAAGAGUUCACCAAGAAAUCCGAAAAGAUGGAGGCGUGGGCUCUUGAUCCGGAUACCCAGUCGGUGGCAUUGGAUAUUUUACGAGACGGUAUUGAUUUGAAGCGGCUUAACAACAGUCUCAUGAAGGGGCCGUUGAUCGAGGAUUUGAUAGGCGAUGCCUACGCAUGUCUCUACGAGGAAUUCGUUGCGCAAUUGCCACCGGAAGAACAGCCACACCUACAGCCGGCAUCUCUUCCACAAGGCACGUUCAUCAACAUGACUGCUGAUGUCGUACCUGGCAGUGAUGAAGAUGCUGAGCAUACUCGACUCAACAACAUCCUCCGAGCUCAGGGAGACGGCAGUGCAGAAGGUCCAUUUGCUGUGUCUGUAUCUGCACCGGUUGGACUGGGUCUGCAAGGGCAGUCCAACCCUCUCCCAGGAGGCGCGGGUCACACAGCAAUGCCAGAAGUUCAUCGCGUCCCUGGAAAACCUGGUAGAACCAAGACCGUGACGAGGCGUGAGAUCCAACGCAAGGCGGAAGCCGUUAUAUCCAAACCACCUCCGAUCAAAACACCGAUCUUGAGCAAGCGCCCCACUAUUGAAAUUGUCAUUGAUAAUACCGAAUCGCCAAUGCCUCGUCGAGCAGCUGAUGCGGAGGGCCAGGCCUACGAUAGCCGGGCUAACUCACCUAAAGGCAGUAUCCGUGACAGUGCCGACGCUGAAGACGAUUCGGGUAGUGAGCUGAGUGAGUUAGACGACAUGGACUUGGACAAGAAACAACUCCUCUCGGAAAUGGAGCAAGCAGGGGAACAAGCCGAUGAUGCCGAUGAUGACGAGGCUGGUGACGAAGCUGGCGAAGGGGAAGAUGGUGAGGAGGACGGUGAAGAGGGAUCCUUGGAUGACGAGAACAACGAGAAUGAGGACGAGGAAAUGGAAGACGGUGGAGACGAGAUUGAUGGUGAUGGUGGUGGGGAAGGUGACGGCGAUGGCGAUGGCGAUGGCGACGGCGACGGCGACGGCGAACUGGAGAUCCAAGAUUCACAGGAAAACCUUGCCAGGGACAGCCCAGGUGGCCACGACGAGUUCCAUGAAGCCAGAGAGCAAUAG